UCGCAUUGUACAACACUGGAUGCCACAAUUUGAAAACUUCUAGUUCCCAUCGCGUGCAAUUAAAUGUCGUUGGCCAACAUGAAUUCGCACAAUAUUAUAAAGGAACUGAAUGUUAUACCCGCGACAAUCAAAAUCGAUGCCCUGAGCUGGCAGCAAGGUGUGCUAAAAGGUGGCGAUCAAAUGAAAAUCUAUGCCGAACUGUGUGCAAAAAUCUUUGAGAGCGAAAAUCAAUUGAACAAUGCGAAAAGAUCACGCGAAUUGCGGCAUACAAAGAAACGUAUACAUAAACUCUUCAAGCGACUCGAUAAGGCCUACAACCAGAUGAAGCACAUACUGGAAACGCUGAGCGAGAUCAGGCUGCGAACCGAGCACAUGUGGAGACGCGUCCGACUCUGGAACGAUGAUGAGUUGAUCAGGGAGCAUUGCAUUACCUGGGAGCUGACCACGUCCAAGUUAUUGGAAUUUCUGCAGUUUCUAACGCAGCGCUACGACUGCGAGUGGGAAAUCAAGGAAAUGGUCAUGAACGAGCUGGAAAAGGUGAGCGAUAACUACGAUGCGAACAUUCUGCUGGAGGCCUGGCUAGACAAUAGUCAUGCGGGCGGCGAUGAAUUCGAGCGCAAGCUAAUUGCAUUCUACAGUUCAGUAGGUCAACGUCAGGCCACAACUCAAUAUUACACCAAAUAUGCCUGAGCCAGUGUUGUAGCAUGCCGCCAGAGAGCUAGAGUGUUGUGUAACUAACAAAAAAAAAGAAACAUUUCGAUUUAAAUUGAUUUGCGUUUUGCUUUUCUUUUUAUUUGUAUUGGAAAAAUG